CACAAAAUGGACUUCUUGCACUCAUUUUCUUUUUACACCAUUCCAAAUUAUAUUUUCUUUCUCAUUGCACCUAUAAUAAUAUCCAAUUUACGCUCAUCUUCUCAAUCCCAAACCCUACCCCACUUCCAAUCACCACCUCCGAUACCACUCCGGACGCGCCUCUGAGCUAACCCCCAAUCUGCUUUUAUCGGCGACCAACCCUAAUAACCUCCAACUAUUGUGACCCCUUUUUCUCUUCCAUUUCAUCAUCUUCGUAUUUUUCCAGAUAUGAGUUCUCAGAUUUGGGUUCUCUCUUUCUCUCUCUCUCGUGUUUUAUCGGCGGUGGAAGUUGGCAGAAUGGCUGGACGCGAUGGCGGGGUGAGUGUCGAGGAUGUUCGCGAUGGAGCGGUGGUGCUCUCUCUCACGCUCUAUCAGUGGUGGAAGAGGGCAUAAAAGCUUGGGCCGCGUUGGGAUGGCAAUGGGGGAUCCUAUGGGAUCCAACCCAAAUAUAUAUGGAUUUUUUUCCCUUUUUUUUACCACAGGAUUAAUGAAGUGGGUUUUUAAAAUAUCCAUAGAAUAUGGGUCGGGAAUGGGUACCCGCCCAUUUCCUCAUAUGUUAGGGUUCUCAUUCUCAAUCUCACUCUCACAUAGCAGCGAAGGCAACAAUCUCCAUAGGUUUUGCAAAGGCAACGAUCUAGCGGCGGCGAUCUCCGUCGGCGUUACCACGGUGGUUCUCCAGCGUGAGUUGUUGGCACUCUUUUGCAAUUGGCGAAACCUGUCGAAGAGACUUACGCAUCAAUCAGCAGAAAAUACGACUCUUGGCUAUGAAACUGUGGAAUCAUAUGGAAUCUGGAAGUGGAGUAAAGUCUACAAUACAAUGGAUACGAGGAGUCAAAUUCUCAAGAAGAGCUGGCCAUUUUCGUUUAGCUUGGAUAGAAAAGCAAAAAAAUGCGAUGAUGGUCUUUCGAAGCUUAAUGAUGAUGGCGAACUAUUGGAAAUGGAAAAAGAUCUGAAAAAAUUAAGUUUACUGAAACUUGUUAGAUUUUCCCCCAAAUUUCUUCCACAUUUUAGUGGGCAGCUUGGGCUAUUAAAUCUGUAUAACAAACUUAUAAAAUGCAUGUACAGAAAAGUAAAAUGUAAAAUUAUCUAUCUGUUUAUAAAAUAAAUAGAUUAAGGAACAAAUGUUGAGUUGAGUAAAAGAUUAUGGAACAAAUACAAUAUACUAAGUUGAUAACAACAAUCAAAACAUAAUAAUAUGGAACAAUGCAAUAAAUUAGAGGGAAAUGGUAAACAACAUAUAUGCUCAGUAGAGUAGUAGAAAUUAACAUAGAAAUUUGAGUAUAAGAAUGGGAGGUGCGUGAUCACUGUUCUAAAGCCACAAAUCCUCCCUACAUGAAGGUGGUGACAGACCGCUGUGACUCUAAAAUGCAACCCUGUUGCUCACAGCCUUUCUCAUCCAGCAGUCUAGCCUCACCAUGAGGAUAUGAACUUGUCUUGAACCUAGAUUGGCCAAGAAAUUUGAAAUAUAAUGUAUUGGACGGUGACUCGGGUGAGAAUGGAAUUAGAGCUUGUUAUAUGAUAGUGAAGUUGAAAAUAGUUACAUAGAGUAGAAAGCUCUUGUGUAGAUCUGAUAUCUGAAAUUGGAUGGUGUGUGAGAUGGUAUAUAUAUAACGCUGGCAUAUAACAUCAGCGUUUAAUUUUCACUAACAAAAAUUAUCAGAAAUUCAAAAUAUGACUUAUAGAAAUUUAAACUAUAUUAGUGUGUUACAAAAUUGAAAAUGGUGAAGAAUUUACAUAGAUCUGAGACUAUAUUGAUUUGAAAACGGUAAAGAGUUGUUUUUCUAGUCAAAGUUUGGUUACCUCCCCAGUUAACUUCUUGUUGGACUUAAGCCCACCUCCCUCUAUAGAUCUGGUUCUAUGCUUCUAAAUAGAGACCUUUGGUCAGUUGAUCAGCAAUAUUGAGCUCACAUUUUACUACUUCCACGUUAAAUAAUGUUCUCAUUUAGCAUGUGUGUCACAAUUUGUAUCUCACUUGCAUAUGUCUAUUCAUUGUUUUGUUUUGUAUUAUUAUUUAUUUCAAUAUUCAUGUUCUUGAUUAAUCAUCUGCUUUUGAAAGAGAAAAAAGAAUUUCUUGGGAAUCCUGCACGAUCGAUUUGUUAUUUUAUUGGUCUCUAAUAGAUGGUUAGAACUUUGAAGCAUUGAUUAAUUGGAUGAGAAUAAAGAUAAGAGUCUCAUUCUACUUGUCAAUACUAACAAUUAUGAAAUUUAUAGACUUUGUUCUCUGUGUAAUUUCACAAAGUGCAAGCCUAGUGUGUUCUUCUAAGGCCCAGGUUAAUAGUAGGCUGACAUCUAAGGCCUAGGUUAAUAGACUUUGUGUGUGUAUUUACCUUUAAACAACUUUGCAUUAGAAAUGUAUUUUUUUUAGGUUAAAAUCUGAUACACAUGUUUGACAUAUUUUUUGGUAAAUUCUUCAUAUCAAAAUUAAUUUGAUCAGUAGAAUGUAUAUUGGUUGCCCAUGUAUUGUUUAAGAAUCACAUAAUGACCACAAAAAAAAAAAAUUACAUUUUCAAUACAUAAUUUUAUAUCUUUUUAUACACUUAUUUUUUAAGGAAAAUAUCAAAUCAGUGGGAUGGUGCAAUUUUACUCAGUGCAUGGAAAGAUUAUGGGGAUGCCUGCAUACCUUGGUCUUGGAUGUAGAUGCCCACCAACCAUGAGAACAACAAACACAAGUAGAAACUAAACAUUUUUAUAGAAAGACUAAGGACUUACUAGCGGGGAAAAAAGACUGAGAAGUAGGGGUGCAACUUGGGCGGGCUCAUCCCAAUCCCAGCCUAAAAUUUUUUACGGUAUGUGCAACAUAUUUUUGAACUUGGUGCGGGCUUGGGUAGAAAUUCAAAAAUCCAAAUUAAAUUAUGUCUGGCUUUCGGCAGAGACACCAAACAAGCUGAAGUAAUCCAAAAAGAAGAAAGAAAAAAGGCUUUCUAGAUGAAGAUAAUAAGCUAACGUGCUAGUCUUUCAGGUUGCAAAGGAUAGGGGGAUCGAUCAUAGAAAUGAGCCAUUAGCAAGUGUCUUUAAAGAAACUGGAGCAAUUACAAUUGCCAUAUUGUAGGUAUCAAUCGUUGAACCGAAGUAAAAGGGUGAAGUGAUGAACGAUAAAGAUCACAGGCUAACAUGGAGUGAUCGGACAGGAGAUGAGAAGAGGGUUCAAUCAAAAAUGCAUAGAUGGCAAUAGGUUGCAAAUGGCAGUGGUUGAUCGGCAUGGUAGGAACAACAAUAGAUCGCUGCGAUUUCAAGGUAAUCGUUUUCCUCUUUCCAAAUUCUUCUUAGGAAAUUAACUUGUGCACAAAAAUCCUCCCCCUAGGAUACACAGAAUCUUGAAAAGAAUGAGAAAACUGUAUAGCUUAUUUUAUGUAUAUCUUCGUUUAUAAACUAAGAUGAUCAACAUGCUUGAAUGAGAUUCAACUAGAAACAUAAGACUAAGAGCAUAGACAAGAACAAGUGUUUAUCCAAUGUAACAAUCAAGUUUUGUGUUAUCACUCGCAAAAUGUGUAAGUGAGCACAGUGUCAGGCAAAUCUAGAAUGCAGAAAUAUCUCAAGGUGCUAUGAAAUGUCCAAGGGACAAGGAAUACACAAGUCAAGCCCAUCAUUUGGACCUAAGGCAUUGAAGCACAAACCCGAGUUGUUAAACAAGCACAUGCUGAUCAACUUCUAUAGGAACGUGUAGCCUUCUAACACAAAUAAAGUUUUUAUCUAGUGGAUGUGUGCAAUAUGCUAUUUAGCUUUCACAACAUUCCACAAGUUAUGUUACACGGACUCGGGUGCGAGUAUCGGGUGCAGGUGCAGG